UCCAUUGAGAAUGAAUCGUUAAAACACGCUUUCGUUUUUCUUUGUUCCUGUGGUAACCCGUUAAAGGAAGUGGGGGAAGCUGACAGUCAUUUUUUGGUAUAGCGUCGCGUAGCCAGGUAGCAAUUGAUCAUUAUCCGAAGUGUUCUUUAUUGUGCGUAAACAUUUAGUUGGUAUUAAAAUUGGAACAACUUUUUGUUUUGUUUUUAACGCUUUGACGUUAAACCCCACCUCGAUUGUUAUACAAUGUAUAUUUGUAUGAGAAAUAGUAUUGUGUUUUAUAGUGUUAUUUCAUGUUAAACAAGUUCAGGCCUAUGAAAGAUCAAUGGAGCUUAAAUAAAGGCAGUUCUAUUGUAAAAGUAAAUGGCACAGAGAGUUAUCAUUAUCAUUAUUAAUAGAGAUGAUAUGAAAAUUCAAUCAUGAAACAAUACAAGGUCUCGGUAACAAGAGACAAGGACAGAUAUUCCAAGAUACAUAUAGGUGUUAUUUAUGUGAAGCUGAAUUCCUACCUAACCCACAAACCAUUAUGGGUGAUGAACAAGUUUCAUAUCUUAAAAACAUUCUGCAGUCUAUUGCAACACGAGUGCCAAAAAUUAUAUUGCACAGAGCUGAAGAAAUAUUUACAUCUCUGAACGGGACCUUGCAGAAAAUUGAUAAAAUUGAGGUAGAAAAUGAUGUGGAUGUUCUGAGUGAAGAAGAUUCCGUUGGAUUGAGAAAUGAUGAGGUUUACACACCAUCAACUUUUGCCAUUAUAAAGGAAGAAUGGAAGAACCCUAUGGAUUUGGUGGAAGAUGAACCUCAUUCAGACAGUGACACUUGUCAGGAUGGAAAUGAGGUCAUCAGUGUAAAAGCUGAGGAUAUCUCAGAUAUAAAAAUUGAGGAACAUCAUGUGCUAAUACCAUUUCCAGAUAUAAACGAUGAACAGGGGAUUCAUGUGCGAGAACACCAACUUUCACAUGGUGAGGGGCAUCCAUAUUACUGUGAUAUGUGCAAUAAAUCAUUCAAUCGAAGAUGCCAGCUGAAGAUUCACCAAUGCAUACACAGUGGGGAGCGUCCAUAUGUUUGUGAUGUGUGCAAUAAAUCAUUCAAUCAAAGAAGUGACCUGAAGAAACAUCAACACAUACACAGUGGGGAGCAUCCAUAUGCAUGUGAUGUAUGCAAUAAAUCAUUCAAUCAAAGCAGCACCCUGAAGAUUCAUCAGCGCAUACACAGUGAGGAGCGUCCAUAUGCUUGUGAUGUGUGCAAUAAGUUAUUCAAUCAAAGAAGGGACCUGAAGAUUCAUAAAUGCAUACACAGUGAGGAGCGUCCAUAUGCUUGUGAUGUGUGCAAUAAAUCAUUCAAUCAAAGAAGUGACCUGAAGAAACAUCAACACAUACACAGUGGGGAGCGUCCAUAUGCUUGUGAUGUGUGCAAUAAAUCAUUCAAUCAAAGAAGUGACCUGAAGAAACAUCAACACAUACACAGUGGGGAGCGUCCAUAUGCUUGUGAUGUGUGCAAUAAAUCAUUCAAUCAAAGAAGUGACCUGAAGAAACAUCAACACAUACACAGUGGGGAGCAUCCAUAUGCAUGUGAUGUAUGCAAUAAAUCAUUCAAUCAAAGCAGCACCCUGAAGAUUCAUCAGCGCAUACACAGUGAGGAGCGUCCAUAUGCUUGUGAUGUGUGCAAUAAAUCAUUCAAUCAAAGCAUCAACUUGAAUAUUCAUCAACGCAUACACAGUGGGGAGCGUCCAUAUGCUUGUGAUGUGUGUAAUAAAUCAUUCAAUCGAAGAGGCAACCUGAAUACUCAUCAACGCAUACACAGUGGGGAGCGUCCAUAUGCUUGUGAUGUGUGUAAUAAAUCAUUCAAUCGAAGAGGCAACCUGAAUACUCAUCAACGCAUACACAGUGGGUAACAUCCAAAUGCAUGUGAUGUGUGCAAUAAAUCAUUCCAUCAAAGAAGCGUCCUGAUUAUUCAUCAACACAUACACAGUGUUGAGCAUCCAAGUGCCUGUGAUGUGUGCAAUAAAUUAUUCAAUCAAAGCAGCAACCUGAAGAUUUAUCAACGCAUACACAGUGGGGAGCACCCAUAUGGCUGUGACGUGUGCAAUAAAUCAUUCAAAGAGCCGACCUGAAGAUUCAUCAAUGCAUACACAGUGGGGAGUGUCCAUAUGCCUGUGAUGUGUGCAAUAAAUCAUUCAGUCGAAGAAUCAACCUGAAUAGUCAUCAACGCAUACACAGUGGAUAGCAUCCAAAUGCCUGUGAUGUGUGCAAUAAAUCAUUCAAUCAGAGAAGGGACCUGAAGAUUCGUCAACGCAUACAUAUUGGGGAGCGUCCAUAUAGCUGUGAUAUGUGCAAUAAAUCAUUCAGUCUGAAUAGCAGUGUAAAGAGACAAAGCUUAUACACAGUGGGGAGCAUCCAAAUGUCUGUAAUGUGUGCAAUAAAUCAUUCAAUCAAAGAAGCAACCUGAAGAUUUAUCAAAACAUACACAAUGGGUAGCAUCCAAAUGCCUGUUUUUUGUAUAAAAUGUCUCCUGAAGGUACAUGAAUAUAUAAAGAGUGGAUCAUUUGAUAUUAAUGCGAGGUAUGUAAUUAAUCAUUCAUGCAGAGGAGUUAAUUGAAGAGACAUCAAAUCAUUUUUGUGGAUUGCAUGUAGAUUAAGACAAAGUUGUAAAAGCAAACAUCUUUAAGGAUGUGAAUGCAGCAUACUUUUGUGUUAUGUGGAAAAAUAUUUGUGAUCUUCAGUUAUAUAAAUGGUUAUUAUGUAUUAUUCAGUCAAAUUUUUUCUGAAUCAUUGCUGAAUAAUACUAGCAUUCGCUUUGAUUACAGCUCUAACCCAUCUUUUCAAUUGGUUGACAGCUGAUCUUGUGAAACAAGAGGUCACACUUAAAGUUAGGUCUAGAAAAAGGAAUUGAAAAAUGUGUGGCAUCACAUAUCAGAAAGUUAGUCAGUUAGCCAUUGACCAGUCAAAUAGACAGGUUUGAGCCUGAACCCAACACAUUGUGUUCCUAAUCACCAUUAUUUCUUAUUAAAUGUGGUCAAAUGACAAAAUAAAUACUUUCAACAUGCAA